AUGGCUCCAAAACGCAUCACACAAUUCUCAUCACUUCCCUACGAAAUUUAUCAACACAUUUUAUCGUUCGGAGUGAGUGAUUCCGAAUUAUUGCUGAAAAAGAAUUUUUCGAGUGGGAGUAGUGAAAUUCAAUCCUGUGUACGAUAUGUGGCUAAUUUUCAAUCAUUGAAUAGGAAGAUUGCUAGUAUGCCAGAGAUGGAACGAUAUUUUGAUAGAUUUUGGUGGAAUGUUUGGGAGAUUUGGUUUGGAAUUAAUCCAUCUUUGGAGAAGGAGUUUAGUUUAUUGAGGGAGGAAAUGAUUCUAAAGAGAGAAUUGAAGAGGAAAGUGCUGAUGGCUGCAUUUAUAAAGUUUCACAUUUGGAGAAGAAUUAAAAAUUUGAAUGGAAUUGAUGAAACUAAAGUGGUAAUGAUUGGAAAGGGAGGAGUAGGAAAGUCUGCAAUGACAGUGAAAUAUAUACAAGAUUUCUUUAUUGAACAAUAUGAUCCAACAAUAGAGGGUGUUUAUAGAAAACAAUUGUUGGUUGAUGGUUUUCCUACAUUAUUUGAAGUUUUGGACUCGGCUGAACAUGAAUACAGUUCCGCGAGAGAUCAUCAUAUGAGAUAUGGAGAGUGUUUCGUUCUUGUUUGUGAUUUGGCAGAUAUUAAUUCAGUGGAAGAAGCCGAACCACUUGUAGAACAAUUAGUAAGAGUUAAGGACUUUGAGGAAAAUAGCUUUCCAGUAGUAUUUGCCUUAAAUAAGGUCGAUUUACUGAAUGAAACAGAUCGACCAAUCACCAUUGAGAAAUUUACUAACCAAAUUGCUACCCUCAUUAAACAAACUCAAUUGACCAAUACUUUCAUUAUUGAAACAAGUGCCAAGACGGGAGAAAACAUUACUCGAGUAUAUGAAGAAUGUGCAAGACUAAAGAGAUAUGGAUCAGUUGAUAAUCUAACACUCCUGAAAGAGGUUAUUCAACACGAUUCUGCAUUCAUUGAAACUUGUAAAAAGCAGAGAAAGUUGAUGAAACAAUCGAAAAAUUGUUCUGUAAUGUAA